AUGAAUAUUCAGAAGCCGGCAUUCGGGGAGUUUUCAGGUUGUGUGUUGUUGAUGUUGAUUUCGGGGUUAUUACCCCUCUUAAACUUAGAGGGUCUAGAUUUCCCUGCUGCUUUGUCUAUAGGUUACGGGGUUCUGCUGGUGUUGAUGCGCGACGCGCACGUCAAAACCCUGAAUCCAGCCUUAACUCUGGUGGAUCUUUUCAGGGGACAGCAGGAGACUGGCGCGGGUUUGAUGAUAAUACUUUCUCAGUUUGCAGGCGCUGCAGUGGGCGCUUUCUUGCUGGCGGCGUUGACGGGGGGUUCUCAGCCAGUGUUUCCUGCGGCGGCUGCGGCACCAGCAGGGCAGCUAACGGUCGUUCAGCUGGUGUUUGGUGCUGCUCUUGUCUUCGCCUACAUUCGCGGGAAUGAAGGCAGCAAGUACGAGGGCCCCUGGCUAGGUGCCUUGAUGUACGGUUCGUUUGCAAUAGGAGGCGAAGCAACGGCUUUCUUAAACCCAGCUGUUGCCCUGGGCGCUAACGCCUGCCGCGGGAUCUCGGGGGCCUCCACAGAGGAAGCUGCGUUUGCUGCUGUAGUGUUCACUCCUUUGCUAGCAGCAGGGAUUGCCUUUCUUUUGGAUCGCCUCUCAGAGCAGCACCUGCAGACAUCAGAGUUCGUUGGCACUUUCUUCCUCAGCUUCGGGUUGCUAGCAGCAGCAGGCAAGGGCACAGCAGCAGCACCAGCAGCACUUGGGCUCGCCUUCUAUUCAGCGGCUAUCGUACGAAUGGCUGCACCCGUCUCUGGCGGCGCUCUAAACCCUGCUGUAACUGGAGGGGCUCUGCUGAGUGAAGGCCGGAGCAUAUCAAAGGACGUCGCAACGGUGUGGCUAUUCCAGUUGUGUGGAGCAGCAGCAGCAGCAGUGCUGCUGAGCCGUAUCGCUACUGCUGUUGCUGCGCCUCCUGCUGCAGCAGCUCUUACUUCGGGCGACGUGCAUACGCUAUUGCUCUCUCUCGCUGUCAGCUCGCUGUUGAUGAUUGCCUACUGCACUAACUUCGGUGAUUUCUUUGGUUCUCCUGCUGCUGCAUUUAUUGGCGCCGUUUACGGGCUCUCUAUGUUGGGGCCUUAUCAGGGGGCCCCUCUAGCCAUUAAUCCUGCCGUCUCUCUUGCUGCUGCUGCUGCUGCUGCUCUUUCUGGGCAAGCUGCUACUCUCAACUUAUUAGAAACUGCGGCACAAGCCUCCGUUCCCUUCGUGGGCUGUAUGUGCGGCGCAACACUUCUUCGCCUUAUUCCAUCGGAGUACAAAAGAAGACUCUGA